CCUGCAUCUCAUAUCCCCUACCUUUCUCUCUCUCUGCCAGACUGCCACCCCUCUCCAUCGCUGAAGGCUCUGUGGCAUCCAUCGUGAAGGCACUCCAGCCGACCAUGGGGACGACACAAGCACCCGAGAACUACUGUCCUGCCAACGAAAAGUCGAUGGAGGAGUGGCUUCCGAUCAACCCGUCGAGGAACAGCACGCAGAAAAAGUCGAUCAAGGAGUGGCUUCCGAUCAAUUCGUCGAGGAAUGCCAAGUGGUGGUACUCCGCAUUCCACAAUGUCACUGCCAUGGUCGGCGCCGGAGUGCUCGGCCUUCCCUACGCCAUGUCUGAGCUCGGCUGGGGCCCUGGCAUCGCAGUACUGGUCCUAUCGUGGAUCAUCACGCUGUACACGCUGUGGCAGAUGGUAGAGAUGCACGAGAUGGUGCCGGGCAAACGUUUCGACCGGUACCAUGAGCUGGGGCAGCAUGCGUUCGGUGAGAAGCUGGGGCUAUGGAUCGUCGUGCCGCAGCAGCUGGUGGUGGAGGUGGGCUUAAGCAUCGUGUACAUGGUCACCGGCGGACAGUCCCUGCAGAAAUUCCACGACAUUAUUUGUGACAGCAAGUGCAAGCACAUCAAGCUCACCUAUUUCAUCAUGAUCUUCGCCUCCGUCCACUUCGUGCUCUCCCAGCUCCCCAACUUCAACUCCAUCUCCGGCGUCUCCCUCGCCGCCGCCAUCAUGUCACUGAGUUACUCGACAAUCGCGUGGGGCGCGUCAGUGAACAAGGGGAAGGUGGCGAACGUGGACUACGACUUGCGUGCGACGACGACGCCGGGGAAGGUGUUUGGCUUCUUCGAGGCAAUGGGGACUAUGGCGUUUGCAUACGCGGGGCACAACGUGGUGCUUGAGAUCCAGGCCACCAUCCCGUCGACGCCGGAGAAGCCGUCCAAGAAGCCCAUGUGGAAAGGUGUCGUCGUCGCCUACAUCGUCGUUGCCCUCUGCUACUUCCCCGUCUCGCUUGUCGGGUAUUGGGCCUUCGGCAACCAUGUCGAUGACAACAUCCUCAUCACACUCAACAACCCAAAGUGGCUCAUCGCCGUGGCCAACAUGAUGGUCGUCGUACAUGUGAUUGGCAGCUACCAGGUUUACGCGAUGCCAGUGUUCGACAUGCUAGAGACGGUGCUGGUGAGGAAGCUCCAUUUCCCUCCAGGCCUGAUGCUCCGUCUGAUUGCCCGGACCGCCUAUGUUGCCUUCACAAUGUUCGUAGCCAUCACCUUCCCCUUCUUUGGUGAAUUGCUCGGUUUCUUUGGUGGAUUCGCCUUCGCGCCGACAACUUAUUUCCUUCCCUGCAUCAUGUGGCUUGCAAUCUACAAGCCCAAAAGGUUCAGCCUCUCAUGGUUCACCAACUGGAUCUGCAUUGUUCUUGGGGUGCUGUUGAUGAUCCUGUCACCGAUUGGAGGACUUCGGCAGAUAAUCAUGAAAGCCAAGACAUACAGAUUCUACUCAUAAACUACUACUGUUCGUCGUCUUCCGACUCGAGAACAUGCAGGGAAUCGAUUACAGCGUCUAAUGCGAGUCUUUUUGACGUGCCAAAACAUAGUUAGAAAUAUCCUAAUAUGAAAUUCAAAACUUGUUCCAGAUGACGGUGGUUCGAGGCAUGUCGCGAGUCUGUUAAUUAUGGAUUAGUCCAGGGGGUUUGUGCUGGUUAAUCAUGUACAGAUAUAUGUGAGUAGCAACCGGCGCCCGGCGCGGUGGCUGGUGCAGUCCCGCGCGCCGCCGUGUUCCUGUCUCACUAGUGGUCGUGAUCUGAACUUAGCUCUGCGUAUCUUUCGUUCAGUUUUGUUGCUGCGUUUAAUUUGCUCUGUCGCGUUGGUUGGUAAUCCUUCGGUUAGAUCAUUAGUUGUAUGGUAUCGCAAAUUCGCAAGAUACCAGUAGCAUACUAGCAGUGCCCUAGCAUAUGCAAAUGCAAAGUGAUGGAAUCGUGUGUUGAACUGCUCGUCUUCAAUGGUGAUAUUUGGAUCGAAAGCUAAUAAGCUAUACUGCUGUAGUCAGUCCAGAUCAAAUACAAUUUAGCACAGUUUUAAUUGUUGUUC